AUGCGCCAUUCCGUCUUAACUCCAGUCACUUGCCGAUGUGUACAGGGAAGUCUGUCAGAUGUGCUCUAUACUGUGACCAGGUAUUCUUUUGGAUGGGAGUCCCAGCUUCUGGAAACAGGGUUUCUGGGGGUGUUUCUGUGCCCACUGUGGACCUUGUCGCCACUGCCCCAGCACACGCCCACAUCCCAGGUUGUCCUAUGGGGCUUCCGGUGGCUGGUGUUCAGGAUCAUGCUUGGAGCAGGUCUGAUCAAGGUCCGGGGAGACCCAUGCUGGCAAGACCUCACCUGCAUGGACUUCCACUAUGAGACCCAGCCGGUGCCCAACCCCGCAGCCUAUUACCUGCACAGGUCGCCCUGGUGGUUCCACCGCUUUGAGACUCUCAGCAACCACUUCCUGGAGCUUGUGGUACCCUUCUUCGUCUUCCUGGGCCGUCGCAUGUGCAUCCUGCACGGGGCACUGCAGAUCCUGUUCCAGGUGAUCCUCAUCAUCAGCGGGAAUCUGAGCUUCCUGAACUGGCUGACCAUCGUGCCCAGCCUUGCCUGCUUUGACGACACCACCCUGGGGCCCCUGUUUCCAUCUGGGCCAUGCAGCCUGAAGGGUCGAGUCCUGAGGAUGCAACAGGAGGAAGCCCGAGGGGCCCGGCCCCAGCCCAGCUUUGGUUGUGUGGUGCGACGGGCAGUCAACCUCUCACUGGGCAUCCUUGUGGCCUGGCUCAGCAUCCCUGUGGUCCUAAACUUGCUGAGCUCCAAGCAGGUCAUGAACACCUCCUUCAGCUCUCUCAGGAUCGUCAACACAUAUGGGGCCUUUGGAAGCAUCACCAAGGAACGGACAGAAGUGAUCUUGCAGGGCACGGCCAGCCCCAACGCUAGUGCUCCUGAUGCCAUGUGGGAGGACUAUGAGUUCAAGUGCAAACCAGGGGACCCCUGGAGACGGCCCUGCCUCAUCUCCCCCUACCACUACCGCCUGGACUGGCUCAUGUGGUUUGCAGCCUUCCAGACCUACGAGCACAACGAGUGGAUCAUCCACCUGGCUGGCAAGCUCCUGGCCAAUGACCCCAAGGCCCUAUCCUUGCUGGCAAUCAACCCCUUCUCCGGCAGAGACCCCCCCAGGUGGGUCCGAGGAGAGCACUACAGAUACAAGUUCAGCCGCCCCUGGGGGAGACACGCUGCUGAGGGCAAGUGGUGGGCCCGGAAGAGGAUUGGUCCUUACUUCCCCCCUCUCAGCCUCCAGGACCUAGAGGGUUACUUCAGGUCACGGGAGUGGCCAUUGCCGGAAUCGUCCAGACAUGCAGCAUGAAAUAAAGGAGACUGGCUUGGCGCCUGUAGCUCAAGCGGCUGAGGCGCCAGCCACAUACACCAGAGCUGGCGGGUUCGAAUCCAGCCCAGGCCUGCCAAACAGCAAUGACAACUACAACCAAAAACUAGCCGGGCAUUGUGGCGGGCGCCUGUAGUCCCAGCUACUUGGGAGGCUGAGGCAAGAGAAUUGCUUACUCCCCGGAGUUGGAGUUUGCUAUGAGCUGUGACACCACAGCACCCUACCCAGGGUGACAGCUCCGGGCUCUGUCUCAAAAAAAAAAAAAUGAAAUGAAAUAAAGGAGACCCCCGCUACUCUGAGUAAAGCCUCUCCCUGUGCUUCCACCCCAGUUCAGUGCUACCUCCAUGGGAGCAUGGAGAGGAAGGACCAGGCAGGCAGGAUCUGUGCUGUCUUCCCACGCUGGGGGCUUAUAGGCUCUGCCCACCUGUGUCCCAAGACCCUGCAGUCUCAGCCCCUUAGGGAGAUGCCCAGGAAGCCCCUGGCCCUGCCCUGCUCUCCCCUGCUCCUCUUCACACAGGCACCCACCCAGUCCCCCACAUGCCCCUCAGCCUGGCCAUUUCCAUCAGGACCCUUGUCACACAGGACACAGCCUGAGGCUGUGCUGUUGGCAGGUGCCGACACCUGGACACCACCCUCAGCCGAGGCUUUGGAGGUCAGUAGGCUGGGGGUCAGCAGUGUCCUAGGGGGAGGGGCAGCCUUACCCUUGUCUCUCCCCUCCAGAGCCCAUGCACACACACACCUCCAAGCUGGCCAGGACCAGUGAAGUGUGUAUACACACUUCUUCCUCCUAGGCACCCCCCACAACCCUCAUGUGUCUGUCCUACUUCCCUGGGUCCUGAUUGAGGCACCUCCCUCCCCUCAGUAUAACACUCUACCCCCAACCCUACACCUCUGACCUCAGCAGCCAUUGUGGGGGAUUGGGCUAGAGCCCCGCCCUGGGACCCUGCAGCUUGGUCACUGCAAGUGAAACUGGAUUAUCAUCUUUGGUCCAGGACCCUUGGAGGACCUGGCUGCAAUGGGAUGGGGCAGUUUGAACUGAGUGAGCAGGACAGCCACCCAGCCAGUGGCCCUGCUGGAAGACUGUGCUCAGUGCAGGAGGCCCUCCCUUCCCCUGCCUGGAGCCUACAGUGGCCUCCCUGUAGGGUGGGGGGGCCAGCAGGGACAUGG